ACUGCACAGUAUAUGGCGCUCCCAGUGGACCUCGGACGGGCGUCGCUAUAUCGACAGACCGCGAGCGAUGUGAUGUCCACCGCAGACCGUUAUACACGCGCCAGUUGUUGAGAUGGACGACAGCGCGACUGAAUAGAUCCUGGGGCACGGCAACAGUCAUCUAUUGGAGAUAAAGGCGGCCAUGGUAAUGUGCGGCCUGGCCUAUCACUCUCGCCGACGAUCAGCCGUGGAGCAUCAGACGAUCGGGCUCAAAGCAUGAAUGCCCAACAGCUGAAAUAACCUCCAAGUUUUGAUCUACCACUCAAGGCACUGCCGCUCAUUUGCUCAAGUCCGGAACUCGCUACGUCCGCUUCAGCAAAAUGCCGCCAAAGGUCAAUAUCGAUCAGGGCACUUAUACCGGCCGAGUCCUGGAAAGCACCAACCACCCCAAUCCUAUCGAGGCUUUCCUGGGAGUGAGGUAUGCCCAGCCACCCGUGGGAAACUUGCGAUUCGCCAGACCAGUCGCUCUCCCUCCAAGUGACUCCAUAUUCCAAGCCAGCGACUAUGGAUGUCGUGCUCCUUCUCAGCAGUUCGUAGCCGUGGAAGGAGCUCCCGUCUUGGAAGAAAGCGAAGAUUGUUUGACAGCGAACAUUUUCCGCUGGCGAGGGACCAGGAGCGAUGCUGCAUUACCCAUCAUGGUCUAUUUUCACGGUGGCGCAUACAACCGUGGUACGGCCUCAAUGCACGACACAGCCUCCAUGCUGUCUCAUUCAGCUGCGCCCUUUCUAGCAAUAUCUUUCAACUAUCGGCUAGGUGCUCUCGGGUUCUUGAAUUGUUCAUUCACAGCCGAGAAAGGACUCCUGAAUGUCGGACUUCACGAUCAAGUCAUGCUUUUGGAGUGGGUGCAAGCCAACGCCGCCGCUUUUGGUGGUGACCCCAAGGCCGUUACUUUGAUUGGCUUAUCCGCAGGUGCACAUUCGAUCGGCCACCAUAUCCUCAACAUCAACGAGAAGCGUGAAUUGUUUCAUCGAGCAGUCUUUGAGUCCGGCGCAGCCACUUCUCGCGCUACGCACAGGCCGGACUCCAAGCUGCAUGAAGCACAAUUCGCAAAGUUUCUGUCGUGCCUUGGCUUGGCUCCGAAGUCUCCUAAUCUACUAGCAGACCUUCGUGCUAUUCCUAUCGAGAGGAUGGUUGCAGCACAGAAUGCCGUCUUUGGACAGUACAAUCCGAGUAUCCGAUGGGCGUGGCAACCAGUCAUUGACAACGACGUCCUCUCGAGGGUCCCGCUGGAAGGAUGGCGAAGCGGAAGAUACCAUGACAUCCCGAUCUUGACCGGAUUCAAUCACAACGAAGGAGCGAGGUAUGUGCCUCGCAUGAUGGGGACUUCUCAGCAGUUUCGAUCGUUCUUCAAGGAGUUGUUACCACAACUCUCGGAUCAGCAGCUUGAUCGGCUUGAAGAUUUAUAUCCAGAUCCUGAACAGUACCCUGAGCAUGCGGACAAGAGAGAUCUCAGAGCACUUGAUAUCGGCGCACAGUACGCACGCAUCGAGAAAGCUUACGGCCACUAUGCCUACGUCGCUCCGGUCAGACAAACAGCACAUCUACACAAGGCGGAGACAUGGCUAUACCAUUGGGCGCUGAAAGGUGAUGUAGUCCUUGGAGCAAACCAUGCCGAUCAGAUGUGGUACGAAAUGAUGGCGCCUGCUCGCAGAAAUGUCUCUCAUACGCAUGAAGCGAUUGCAAAUGCCUUUCACGGCGCUGUGACCAGAUUCAUCGUUCAUGGAGAUCCUGGCGUUGAUUGGAGACCAUUUGGAGCCGAGCGAGAGACGAUGGUAUUCGGUCGACGCAACGAUGAGGCAAUUGGCGGGAAGGAGAAGGGUGAGGUCAAGGUGCUGGAGAAAGAUACGUGGGGUGUAGAGGAGUGCAAAUUCUGGUGGGAGGUGAAGGAGUUGGGCGAUCUCUGA